AUGUUUCCUCCCAGGUUGGCUCUUCCACCUACCAUCAGCCAUCUCCUCGCACACCCGCCCCUUCCAAUCCACUCUACCACUGUUUCUGGCUGGAUCAGGUCUAUUCGCAAACAGAAGAAUCUCGCCUUUGCAGUCAUCACAGAUGGCAGCGCCCCACAGGGUCUCCAGGUCGUCUUUCUCAAGGGUCUCGACCUGCAAAAGUUGACAAAUGGCGCUUCUGUACGCGUCACAGGUCGUCUAGUUCAGUCUCCCGGCAGCGGUCAGUCUCAUGAACUUCUCGUCGACCAGGCCGACGCCGGUCGCGUCGCCGUUCUCGGCGAGUGUAAUCCCGAUACCUAUCCCAUACAAAAACAAGAGCUCUCCAUCGAACAUUUACGCGACAAUGUACACUUGCGCGCCCGUACAUCACACAUUGCUGCCAUGCUCAGGCUUCGUGACCGUCUGCAGAGGCAAAUCAACUCUUGGUUCGAGGAGCAAGGAUUCUGCUACGCAAACACUCCCGUAAUUACCGGCAACGACGCGGAAGGCGCCGGGGAAGCCUUCCGUCUCGCCAUGGUAGAAUCCCAGCAUCCAGCAUCUGCCUCCGCGACCCCACCAGCAGAGUUCUUUUCCAGACCCGCCUUUCUAACCGUAUCUCACCAGCUGCACCUCGAGGCUCUUGCCACGGCUAUCUCCCGCGUAUACACGCUAUCCCCUUGUUUCCGCGCCGAGAAAUCUAUGACUGGCCGACACCUCGCAGAGUUUUGGAUGCUCGAGGCCGAAUGGGCCUUUCCUGCCGAUAACGGCGUACACGGCGUUUGUGAUCUCACUGAAGCCCUACUCAAAGAGACUACAGCACCACUUCUGGACAGCCCUGACCUCCGUGUGCUGUGGAAGGAUGGUGACGCGCACAAGCUAAAAACCCUUUCUGAUGCUGUGAAUAGUGAAAAACCAUGGGCGCGCAUGAGCUACUCGGAAGCCAUUGAGGAACUGUCUAAAAUCCACCCGUCCCAGAACUUUGUCCAUACACCAGUAUGGGGCCAUGCGCUGCAGAGCGAGCACGAGCGAUGGUUGGCAGAGACGCUAGUUGGCGGCCCGGUCUUUGUCACUGACUAUCCGGCGUCUCUCAAACCGUUCUACAUGCGGCUCAAUUCUGACGAACGGACUGUAGCCUGUUUUGAUUUGCUGGUUCCCCAUGUAGGCGAACUGAUAGGGGGUAGCGUACGUGAAGAACGCGUCGAGCUAUUGUCAAAGAAAAUGGAAGACGUUCCAGGAAGCGAGUGGUAUCUUGACCUGAGAAAAUACGGCGGUGCACCACACGCUGGGUUUGGAAUGGGAUUCGAGCGUCUCAUCAGUUGGGUGUCAGGUGUUGACAAUAUCCGGGAAUGUAUACCCAUGCCCAGAUGGGCUGGAAGGAUGCUGCUGUAA